UUUGUUUAUGAUGUUAGCACUCACUUACGUGUUUUUUAGUGACUUAUUCUUGUUUACAGUAUUUUCGUUAUAUUGGGACACCCCUCUUGCCUCUGAGAAUGGUACAGUCCGUUGAACUUGCGCAGGAAAACGACACGGGGGUCAGGAGGAGGAGCUGGAGCAGCAGCUAUGGGAAACAUCGGUCCAGCUCCAUGUCGUUGCCACACAUAUGUCCCGGUAUGAAGGAGAGUUAACGUAACAUCCGGCCGUGUUUACGUAGCAUCAGCGCCGAUGUAGCAGUGUGCUCAUCCAAAUACAGGUGAGAUGUUAGUCAAUUAUCAGCAGACUUAUUACUGGUUAAAGGUGAUCAUGUGAUGACGCUGCGAGUUAAAACAAUGACAUAAACACAAGUAAAAAAACAGCCUGGCUUUAUAUUUGUGUUAGAACUGAAUCCCCACGUCUUUGCUGAGUCCUUGUCACGGGUUACAUUAGGACAAGGUGUAAAUAAUGGACAAUGGCUGAGUUCCAUUUAGCUUUCUCUGUGCCCUCACAACUUGAACUAAACAGUGCAAUCUUUAAAGGUCACAUGAACAGAAAAAAAUCAUUUGAUUUUUGAAUCUUUAAAUCAGCCUUUUGUAGGAAUUCAAUGUAAGAACCUUGCUUUAUGGAGCUCUCCAUCGUGUGUCGCAGCCUGGAUGUACAAACUAGCCAAAGCACGAGAUUCCUCCUUUGCAAACCCAUAUGAAGACAAGCUUUCUGGAAUAAUAAUUUGCUAUUUGCUACACAUUCACAGACACUGGAUAUCUAACGAUCACAAGAAGACGUAAUGCAUGAUAUUUGUUGCAGAGUUUUAUAAAGGGACAACAAAGACUGAAAUUCUUACACUUAUACUGAAAUAAAUGUUAUUCAGUGAUGAACAAUCACUGUUCAUAUCAAGUCUCAAGGAAAAAAAGAAUCAGCUCCUGGCCUGCAGUAAUAGGAGACAGCCAUCACUUCAGCAUCACAGUGGACCUCAAUUUGUCCUCUCACCGUGACACACGUGGCUCUUCAAUGCCAAAUACAUCAGAAGUUCAGGGGCCGACCUUGUCUGGGCCAGCAGAGCCCUCGGCACUGCAGAGGUCCACUGAUGGGGAUGACGACCGUGGCCUGAUCAGCUCCCUGACGCGGGAUGCUGCCAGAGCGAGGAGAGCUUCCAGUGCCGAGCUCCACCUGCCUUGGACCUGCCCGGUCACUCACUCCAGAGAGAAGUUUUACACGGUCUGCUCCGAUUACGCUCUCGUCGACCAGGCUGCUGCGGUGUACCGUCCUGUGAGCACAGCCGGGGAUGUGGUCCCGAGCAAGCAGGGCGAUGGUCCUCACCUGGUGAAGCCCAAGUCCUCAGCUGACUACAGUCAGCCUGGAGGAGCCCAUGUUGGAUCAGACGGGGAUUGUGACAUGGAAGAGUUGCCCUCUGGCAACAAGAAGCCCAUUUUGGCCUGGGAGAUUGACACAACGGACUUCAACGCUGUACUUACGAGAAAAAUAAGAACAAGCAAUGUGAAGAAAUGCGGCUCGAAGAAGAUGAAGUCGUCCAGAAAUCUGCAGGACGUCUCUCCUCACGUGUCCCAGGAGGAGAUCAAACAGCGAAAGGUGUUCGACCUCAGAAGAUGGUACUGCAUCAGUCGGCCUCAGUACAAAACCUCAUGUGGAAUAUCUUCUUUGAUCUCCUGCUGGAACUUCCUCUACAGCACUCUGGGUGCAGGAAGUCUUCCACCACUCUCUCAGGAAGAAGCUCUGCACAUUCUGGGCUUUCAGCCACCGUUUGAAGAAAUCAAGUUUGGUCCUUUCACAGGAAACGCCACUCUAAUGCGGUGGUUCAGACAGAUCAAUGACCAUUUCCGAGUGCGAGGCUGCUCCUACAUUCUGUACAAACCUCAUGGGAAACACAAGACGGCAGGUGAAACAGCUGAAGGAGCGCUCACAAAACUGACCCAGGGGCUGAAGGAUGAGUCCAUGGCCUACAUUUACCACUGCCAGAACCACUACUUCUGCCCAGUGGGAUUCGAGGCUACGCCGCUCAAAGCAGCAAAGGCUUACAGGGGCCAUCUCCCUACAAAUGACAUGGAACACUGGAUCCUAAUCGGGGAGCCCAGUAGGAAACAUCCAGCAAUUCACUGUAAAAAGUGGGUGGACAUUGUGACUGACCUCAACACACAGAAUCCAGAAUACUUGGACAUCCGUCACUCAGAGCGGGGGAUCCAGCGCCGCAAAACCAAAAAGGUGGGCGGUAACCUGCACUGCAUCAUGGCCUUCCAGAGGGUGAACUGGCAGAAGCUCGGCCCCUGGGCUCUGAAUCUGGAGAACCUGCGCCACGAGUUCCACCACUCCAGCGUGGAGCGAACCCACGGUCACACCUCAGAGGAGACGGAGGAGAGGACGCCCAGCAAGCGCCAGUCGCACCUGGGACGCUCGCACAGUAUGGGCAGUCAGAAAGACACGAGCUGGAAACGCCUGUCCAACACGACAGAGUUCAGACAGAAGGGCUGUCCUGACAGCGACCUCGAAGAAGACAUCACAGACUGAACAGGUUUAACAGAACACACAGAGAGGGGAGGACAAAAUAACACAGUUCAGUAGCCUUAAGAGUUUAAGUCUGGACUUAUGUGUUUGUGUUUUACUGUCAGCAAACUUCAAAAAAAGACCAAAGCAAACACAGUGUUAGUUAAUCUGUCAGCUGUAAAUGACUUUUGGACAACAAAUGAUUAUAUGGCUUCUUAGGGCGUAUCAAUAAAUCCACAAUGUAUCAAUAUAAAAGGAUAUUAAUGCAGCUUAAAUAAUUGUAUAAUAAAAUGGAAUUUAUUAGGAGACUACUUUCAGCAGAGGAUGAAUGCUCAGUUAGUGUUUGAGUGAGUUCCCCCUAUGGCUUAAUGGGGAUACAAUCAUAAUUCAGCCUUUUAUAGUAGGACAAAUUCAAUGUUUGCUCUGGUCUUUCUAUGGGAGUUGUUAAUAAGAACAAAUAUGAUAAUAUCUCCAGACUUCUCCUUAAGUCUUUCAGAAAUAAUGUGAUUUUACGUAGCUGUUAUUUUGAGUAUUGAUGCCGCAUUCUAACAACGUCCUAUAACCGACUGAUGCACCAGCAACUUCAUUUAAAUCACAGCAACACAGGCAGCUACACAAGGAGUACAAGGCGCCACCUUGUGGGCAAAUGGAGGACUGUCGUCAUUUGGAUUGUUUGGAACGUCAGUUGAAGAUGAACUGGAAAUAGAAUAAUGAAAAUGG